UAAUAGCAAGUAGAGUGCCGCGCCCCUUGGCUGGUGGAUUGGAAACUUAACUGAGCAACCCUGCCGCUGUCUUCUUCAACACCCCGUGCCCCUCCCUGCUCCACCCUUGUCCCCUUGUUCUCUCGGGAAGAAAGAUCACCCCCCACCCCCCUUCCUCUUCUACAGAUCUCCGGAUCCCAGGGAAGACUAAAGGAGCCUGUGAACCCACAGACACAACUUCUGAGGAGUUAAGUAAACUUGCAGGGGCAAGACCAUGGGGCGCUGGCCAGCAGUGCCUCUUCUGCUCGUUCUUCUCUCCUGCUCUCUGGCUCCAGCUCGAGGACAAGAUUUAGAUUUGUUUGAUGCCCUUCCUGAUGCAAAACCUACAAAGAAAACACCUCCAACUAUCAAAAAGCCACAAUCUGAGGAUGAAUUUAGUUUAGAAGAUGCUCUUCCUAAUGGAGGAAAGGAUGACUAUGGAAAACCUAGUCCACCAAAACCCAAACCUGGAUAUCAUGAUAACACAGGUGAUAUUUCAGAUGAUGAUCUCAAAGGACAUUCUCACUCAGAAGGCUCUGAUGAUAGAAGUGAUGGUGAGAAUGCCCCUGCUGAUUCCCCUGGAGUAAUACCUGGAAUUGUAAGUGCUGUGGUUGUAGCACUGGCAGGAGCUGUAUCCAGUUUUAUUGCUUACCAGAAAAAGAAACUCUGCUUUAAAGGAAAUGAAGAUCCAGAGAAUGUUAAUAUGGAAAGUCAUCAGGGAGCCAACACAGAACCACCUGUGCAACGAACGCUUCUACAGAAAUAGUCUUAUUUUGAGAAAGAAAACAAUGAACACAACUGGAUUAUUCUGAGAAAGAAAACAAUGAACACAACUGGAUUAUUCUGAGAAAGAAAACAAUGAAUACAACUGGAUUAGACUACUUGCCUACCUGAAACAACAUACCUUAGAGGGCAAGGAUCACAAAAUUGCAUGAAAAUAAAUUCCACUGGGUUGUUUGUGAAUAUGGCAUUUAAAAACACAUCUUGGAAAGUUAUUCAUCCUGUAUAACAUGAUUAAUUACUAUUAUUUAAAACAUCUUCAUGUUUUAAAUAAUAGAGUAAGGAAAAAUUCUUUAAAAUAAAAUUGAACCUUUUACCCAAAAUGGCCUUUGUAGAUAUAUUAGGUUUUUAAUGGUUCUCACCUCUCUGUAAAGAAAUCAGGAAAUGAAAAAAAGGUUACCUUUUAUCCAUAUCAUUCAUUUAUGAUUAUUUUAAAUUAUAUAGCAAAUAAACAUUUCAGUAAAUAAGGUACUUAGUGAUAAAUUUGUGAAUUAAACCUCUUAAGACAUUCUUUCAAAAUAAAUUUUCUUCAAUCAUUUGCUAUCAGAAUAAUACAGAAAUAGGAAUAUAUGCCAUCUUGUUUGAAUUAGGUAUGUUUUAGUAACUUUGAUGAUAGAUUUAGAACAAUUACAAAAGUUAAUAUAUUGAGUUUCACCUUUUUUUCAGUCUUUGGGAGAAAUAAGGAACUUAAUGAGUUCAUUAGCGCCUAUGAAUCCAAUUAUUUCUAUGUUGCUGAUUUCCAGAUGUAUAAACCCAGUCCUAGUUUACAACCCCAUAUCACCAAUUGCCUUUUGGACAUCUUGAACUUAAUGCCCCACAAACAUUUCAAACUAAAUAUGCCUAAAACAGAAUUUACGCUCUUUCCUUCCAAUCCCUCCCUUUCCAAAUUUCCUUUACUACUGUUGAAUAUACUGUUUUCCCGUUCACCUAGGUUUGCAUUUUCUCUGCCAUUCUAUAUUAAUUUCUUCUACUUUUUACAUAUACCCAAACCAUUGCCAAUUUUUUGUUUCAUUUCUCAUUUAUAUUCUUCUCACUCACAUAGUCACCAUUAGAAUUCAGGCAUUCUUCAUCUCUUGCCUAAUGUUAUUAGAAUAGCCUUCUCUAUUUACACUAUUAGAAUAGCCUGCUCUCUCUAUGUGGUAUCUCCCCAUUUUAAUCCAUCAUUUGUUCAAAGUGAUUUAUUUAACAAGAUCUGACCAUGUCUGUCUCUGUCUAUUUGUGUGUGUGUGUGUCUCUCUCUAAUACACACACACACACACACACACACACACCCCUCUCAAUAAAUUCUAGUGACUCCUUAUUACAAUCAAAUAUAAAUCCAAUUUGUUAUUUAACUCUCUUGAUAAAUCAUUCGCUUCAUAUCUUUCUAGUACUUACACUUUAUUUUCCUCCAGUCACUUUGUGACUUACUUGUUUUCCGACUUUAUUGUUCCUUAUGCAACACUCCGCAUCCUACCUCUUUGCCAUUGAACUGUUUGCCCCUCUCCCAGGCCUGGAAUGCCCACCUUCUUUAAGCUGUGUUGUUGUUUUGGUUUUUUUAGACUAAGCUUAAUUCCCCCCCUUCGGGUUUUGUUUUGUUUUGUUUUGUUUUUUUCAGUUUUCUCUCCAGUUCUUCCCACCUAUCUUCUACAUACCUAGUUGUUUACAUCUUGUCUCCCCUGUUAAAAUACUCUCCUUGAGAAUAAGGGAGAGCUCUUGAGAAUAAGAGCUGUUUUUACCUUUUUACCUCGUAUACAGAAUUCUGAACUUAUACCGCCUUCUUUCCCUCUUUCUUUUUCUUUUUGCUGUAAGUGUAAUUGGGCCAGAUCAGAAGAAUACAAUACUGUUUAGUUAGAUAAAGUGGGUACUAGAUAAAAAUUUUUUAAAGUUUGAUGAAUUGCUGAAGUUUUACCAAAAAAAAGUUAAUUAUUCAAUAUAAAUGGUUGGAUAUUAGAUGAAGUUGUUUAUAAAUAUGCUUUAUGUCUUACAGUAAUCCCCUUUAAAACUUUCUAACAGUGUAAGAUAAAUUGAAUUUUUUUUUUGUUUUUACUUUCUAGCCAAACAUAAACCCAUGAACAUUAAAAUGUAGUAAUCUAGACUAGAAAAUAUUAAUUUAAAUGUUUUUUAGGAUGAUUGAUGAAAAGUUUCAAAAGGAUUUUAAUGGCCUAUUUUUAAAAUUGCCAAAGCCAAUAAACUUUUCUACAUUAGAGGAAAAAAUAGGAUUUUUCAGUAUAUUAUUGCUAUUUUCAUGUAUUCCUGGUAAAGUCCACAUAAUGGGAAGUUUUUACAGUGCCAUUCAGAUUAAAUAAGAUUCCGAUGAGUGUUACACUUAAUGUAAUUGCUGGUUCUUUAUUUAUAAUAAAUUAUUUAUGCUAUCUCAUGCCAGAUACAGGCACAGUAAAAUUCGCAGGCAUUUCUCUUGUGUGAAUAUGUAUAUUUCAAUCAGAUCUAUAGAUAGUAAAUUAUUGUUUCUUAUUUCAUCAUUUUACUCUUCAUGAGUAUACUCUUCAUGAUCCUGUUUGGGUUUGUUUGUUUGUUUGUUUGUUUUGGCAAAGAUAACUAGAGAGGUUUGCCAUGUCCUUCUCUAGCUCAUUUUAUGGGUGAGGAAACUGAGGCAAAUAGGGUUUAGUGGCUUGCCCAGCAUCACACAGCUAGUCAGUGUCUGAGGCAGGAUUUGCAGACAGGAGGAUGACUCUUCCUGAUUCCAACCUUAAUGCUAUCUAGAGUGCCACCUAAAAGCUCAUGGUAAUAUAGUUUCAUAGAAAGAGUUUUGGAUAUAGAGUCAGAAAGCCUAAGCACGUUUCUUGGUUUUGCUACUUAACUAAUUAUAUGAUAUUGGCUACACAAUUUUUUUUAAACUAUGAGAGCAUGUCAAAUUAGAUGAUAUCUAAAUUUCCUUUUGCUUUUAAGUCCUAUGAAUUAUUUUUAUUUAAAAUCAUCUUGUUAUGAUUAAGCCAGUAGAUAAGUAUAUGCUGAUCUUGGUUUUAGAUCUCUCCCAUUUCUUAUUACUAUUAAAUUCCUAAAUCUAAAUGCUACUAGAUCAUAUGCUAUAUUUGACUUUUUUUACAAGAAUGCUCUUAUCUAGGUUGUUUGCCUAUGAGUAAGACCUGAUUAGUAGCACCCAUACAUUUCCACUAGGCCUGGUUUUGAGUAAUUGCUCCUGAAUGAGUAGGUGAAAGAGAUUCAUUUUCAAGGCAUUCAUGAUCAGAAUUAUUGUAGUUUUUUUUUGCAUUUGAAUUAUUGUUUCUACAUUCUGUAUAACUUCAUAAUUUGUGAAUAUGAUAAAUAGGUAAAAAUGAAUGAGACAAUUUGUUAUUUAGUGUUAUCAGGUACUUGUUAUCAAUUUCAUUGGACUUAAAAACCAUCUUGUGCAUCAGUUUACCUUAGCAGUUAGCUAACAAAAAUGAUACCUAUCUAUGGAUGAAUGAAACCAAACAAACUAAAUUUUUGCAAGGCUUUGACUUAAAUUGUAUAUUUUACCAGUUGUGAAUCUAUAACAUCUGUAACUAGACUGUGUGCAUUGUCUUGUUUUUUAAUAAAAAUGUUCAUAAAAUUCUA